GACUUCUUUAGAGGAGGGGGAGGGAAGAAGGGAUUUUUAUUUUCCCCACUGAAUUUCAUUGGAAGAUUCUAGGAGCUCUCUCCUUUUUAAAAUCUUAUUUUAUUGACAAAAGCUGUAUUGGAGUAAAAUCCACGGAAAGAACUAGAAGUGGGGCUUGAAUAUCUCCCCUUUAGAGGUUAAACCUCUGCUAGGUGAUUUCUUUUGUUUUGUUUUGCUUCGCCUCGCCUUUGUUUGUGGCUUUCUCCUACUUGGCACCGAGAGAAGUCGCUGCACUUCUCCUUCACAGAAUCAGUCACGCCGGCCCGAGGUUCACGCUGAGGAUCUGUAAAGUUUUCCGAGCUCAAGGGAAUCACUUUCAGAGCGUGUGGGGGCGGCGGGGUAUCAGAAGCAACAGGGUUCGUGCCUCCGAGCUGCUGUGACGGCUCUGUUCUUCCCAGAGCUUGCAGGCUGUAUAAUUAACCGGGCAGGCAGUGAAUUAAAUCUUUGUGAAGCCCACCGAGUGGGGGGUUCCUGCGAGCUCUCUUCCAACCGGUCUCGGGCGGCUGGGAUAAGAGCAGCAGCAGUAAACGAAAAGGGGGAACCCACUGGACGCCGCAGGAGAGCCAAGCCCCCGCUCGGAGCGAGCGCUCCCGGCCGAUGGACAAGCUCGGCGGGGCCCGGCCGCUGCGGCUGCYGCUGCUGCUGCUCCUGGCGCUGCUGCCGCCGCCGCUGAGGGGACAAGAUGUGUCAGUGGAAGAAUGCUGUGACAAGGGUGUGGAAUGGGCAAAUAAAAACAGAAUAUGUGCUUCUCUGCCGUUGAUAUCCGAGUCUAGAGAAUGCAGCAUGACCCAGGUGCAGUGCUGCCUCAGUGAGCUGCAGAAACAGUCCUGCUCCGACGGUGUGGAGUUCGCCAGCGUGCGUGAGGAGUGUGACUCACACAUCACCAAAAAUUCCACCUGCGAGGCCGAACACUUCAAGACGUGUUGCUCCUGCUGUUUGCUGGGCAAAGCUGCCCAAGUUCAAGGACAGAGCUGUGAACCCAACCCCAAGCUGGGAUAUCAGUGUGGAAUUGUCUUCAGAACCUGCUGUGGGAAAGGCCAAGAAGGCAUUGAUCUGUCCAUCAGUGAUUAYGCUCCUAAGAAAGAGCCAGUAGAAAUUUCCAAGGAGGAACUAGACCAAGAAGAUCCUUAUCUGCAUGAUGGCUGCAGAGGUGGUGGUCCCUGCUCUCAGCAGUGCAGAGACACAGGAUCCAGUUACGUCUGCUCCUGCUUUGUUGGCUAUCAGCUUCAACCAGAUGGGAUCACCUGUGAAGAUAUCAAUGAAUGCAUCACUGGGACACACAACUGUGGGAUUGGACAAACRUGUGUGAACACUUUGGGAUCGUUCCGCUGCCAGCGGGACACGAGCUGCGGCACGGGCUACGAGCUGACAGAUGACAGUCGCUGCAAAGAUAUUGACGAAUGUGAGACUGGUACUCAUAACUGCCCCCCCGAUUUUAUCUGUCAGAAUACUCCAGGAUCUUUCCGCUGCCGACCCAAGCUACAGUGCAUGAGUGGGUUUAUACAAGAUGCUCUAGGCAACUGUAUUGAUAUCAAUGAGUGCCUGAGCACCAACAUGCCAUGCCCAACUGGGCAGAUUUGCAUCAACACCGAUGGCUCCUUYACCUGCCAGAGGAUCUCACCCAGCUGUGGCCGAGGGUAUCAUCUCAAUGAAGAUGGAACAAGAUGCGUAGAUGUGGAUGAGUGCUCAUCCCCUAACCAGCCCUGUGGGGAAGGACACRUUUGUAUCAAUGCCCCGGGCAAUUACCGCUGCGAGUGCAAAGCUGGCUACACUUUUGAUGUCAUCAGUAGGACGUGUAUUGAUAUCAACGAAUGCAGGCGCUACCCAGGCCGUCUGUGCGCUCACAAGUGUGAGAACACUCCUGGCUCCUACUACUGCACUUGUACCAUGGGAUUCAAGCUUUCAGCUGAUGGCAGAUCAUGUGAAGAUUUGAAYGAGUGUGAGAGCAACCCCUGUAGCCAAGAGUGUGCCAACGUGUACGGCUCUUACCAGUGCUACUGCCGCCGUGGCUUCCAGCUCAGCGACAUCGAUGGCAUCUCAUGUGAAGAUAUUGAUGAAUGUGCUUUGCCUACUGGAGGGCACAUCUGCUCUUUUCGGUGUAUUAACAUUCCUGGGAGCUUCCAGUGCACUUGUCCCUCCACUGGGUACAGGCUGGCACCCAAUGCACGCAACUGCCAAGAUAUUGAUGAGUGUGUUGCAGAAAGCCACAACUGCUCGUUCAAUGAGACCUGCUUUAACAUCCAGGGCGGCUUCCGCUGCCUGUCCCUGGAGUGCCCGGAGAAUUACCGCAAGUCYGGAGACACUGUCAGGCUGGAGAAGACAGACACCAUCCGCUGCAUCAARUCGUGCCGCCCCAACGAUGUCAGCUGCCUGCUGGACCCAGUCCACACCAUUUCCCACACUGUCAUCUCACUGCCCACCUUCAGGGAGUUCACAAGGCCUGAAGAGAUUAUUUUCCUCCGUGCCAUCACACCUACAUAUCCAGCCAACCAGGCAGAUAUCAUAUUUGACAUCACAGAAGGGAAUUUAAGAGAUUCCUUUGAUAUCAUCAAGCGUUACAUGGAUGGAAUGACAGUGGGUGUGGUUCGCCAGGUCAGGCCCAUCAUUGGACCUUUCCACGCCGUGCUCAAGCUGGAGAUGAACUACGUCAUGGGCGGGGUGGUGUCGCACCGGAACAUCGUCAACGUGCACAUCUUCGUCUCUGAGUACUGGUUCUGAGGGACAGCCACAGCUCCAGCCCAAAACCUUACCACCAGCUAGUAUGGCAUAUAUUUGUUUGUAAAACCCAAUAGUGUUGUUUUUUUUUUUUUUUUUGUUUUAUUUUUAAAUAUUUGGUUUAUAGGUUUAAGACAGAUAACGAGCUGUUACGUUGGUUAGACAUAGGGUGGAGCAGAUUAAGUGAGCCUGAUGUAGUUGUUUGUAUAAAUAAGUAGUGUGUAAAAGUGCUUGACUACCUGGUGAAACUUAAGACUUUUCCUAAAUGUUUGGGCAGAUCUCAAUUCUUGCUCCUUGGCCAGAGAACCUGAGUGACAGGCUGUGCAACAAAACAGAGUUCACUGCGAUGAGUACGUGGUGUCUUUGGAUGGAAGAGGCUGGAUAAGGAUUAAAAAUUUCACCUCAAAUUAACUGCCUUGAAGAGGAUUGUCAGAGAGUGAUAAUUAGUUCAGUUUGGGCCCUCUGAUUUGGCUGCCAUAAUUGUUAAAAAUUUCUGAAAAGUUCAGCCUGGGUGUUCAAGAAGUGCCAUUCAUCUGUGGUUACAGAGGAARUGCAAAAGGAAUUAGAAAUAGUAAGAGACUAAAAGCUAUUGCACAUAUUAUAAAAAUWCUCAUUUUUUUGGUACUUAUUAUUUGAUUGUAAGGUUGUGUUUGAUUCUAAUUAAAAAAGUACCUCUCAUUGAAAUUAUUCUGCUGCAAGAACACGGCCUAUUGCUUCAAUUCCAAUCUCACCYGUGCUCAGAAAUAAAUGUACAUGGAAAACUCAGACCUUACCUCCUGACUUUGUAGAGUUUCAUGGCUUUUUAAAAUU